GUCAUCGUUGCUAGUCGACUCCAACUAAUAAAGCACGGGCCUUGUCUGCUUUGUGCCCAAGGGUGUGGCUCGAUUGUGUUGAUGGCACUUUGUAAAUCCCUUUCCUUGCAACUAAACCAACAACUCGGGGCCACUUCAAUGGAACCCAAGAACACCGAAAAGAAGACUGAGCCUUCGACAAAGCCAGCCCGACGCAUUUCGCGCCUCUACGGAGGCCUACCAGUGAAGGAACACUUGCUGCACCGGCAGCUGGAGACAAGGAAAUACUUUGACUCGGGCGACUUCGCCCUCUCGGCGGCCCACAAACCGUCCGACAUUGGCGCCAUCAUAACGGGGGCGGGACAUCCACUGCGCUGCGAUGUUCCGCACCCCGCCUGCCCCGUCCCGAGCUCCAGCAAUGUCGAGAAGGGCGCAAACUGGGAACUAGGGGGAGGAGGCACGCCGACUCCGACUGAGACAACAAAGGAGACGCAUUUACACGAGGGGACGUCUUUGGAGGACCGGAAAUAGGGGAGAGGCUGAACAACACGAGCACAACGGGCAGAACGAAU